CUAUUCAGCCUAUUCAGCAGAACCGUCAAAGCUAACAUCUGACCGAUCUCUCAGACUCAAGGUUGCACAAAAGUUGUACAGCUACUAUUAUUGCUGAAAAUUUUUUCUGUUGUUAUAAAGGAAAAAAAUAUUUUUCCAACAAUAAAAUUUGUGAAAAAGGUGAAAUAUUUAUUCAUUUUAGCUAUGAGAUUGCUGUUAAAUUGAAAAACCUCAGUGUUUAUAUUCAUCGUAAAUGCAGAUGUAUGUUGCAGCCUAAUGAAAGUCUGCGAAAUCCAAAAUGGAACAAAAAGUAUGGUGACAAUGUAGUCCUCCAAGUUUGUUCUCGGAUAAUAAUCAGGAUUAGUCGUGAAGGUGCAAAAAUUAUCCAGUCUCGGAGACAAACAUAAACGGUGCAUUGAAUUCGAUUUAAUCUGUUUGACAAUUGAGCAACAAGGGUCAUCUUGCGAAGUUCGACAUUUUGGCAAUCUGUUGUGAAAAGUGAGAGUGUGAGAUAUUGCCCAUCUGCAAGAGUAAGAGACAUGAACGUUGAAGUGAACCGUGUUCGCACCUACCGUCGAUGGGAAGCCACAGAAUGGGCUAUGGAAGAUGCGUUCGAGCUUCUGCUAGCUAAGGCAGGAUUCUAUGCCACAGAACAAUAUUUGAACGUGAAGUGUCAUUUCUGCGGAGUGACUAUCUUCGUGGGAAAUUCUGUCUCUAAUAUUGAAGCAAAGCAUCGAGAACUAAGCCCUAACUGUGCAUUCCUGUUACAUCCCGAUCGUACCGACAAUGUGCGUUGUUUCGAUGCCGAUGAACUGAAGCGCGAAGAACACCGUCUGGCAACGUACGUAAACUGGCCCAUUUCGCACAUUAGUCCUAGCUCAUUGGCCAAGGCCGGUUUCUACUACACGUACAAUGCGGAUCAGGUCAAAUGUGCCUGGUGUGAAGGCGUCAUCGGUCAAUGGGAACUUGGAGACGAUCCGUUUGUCGAACAUCAAAAAUUCUUUCCAAACUGUGCAAAGGUCAUUUCGAAUGGUAUCAGCUCGAAUCCCAUUCUGGAUCCCACCAUCGGAAUACAACCUGUGAAAACACCAUAUGCUCCGCAAUUUAGUUCGUUGGACUCGCGAAUCCGAUCAUUUGAAAACUGGACCACUGGUCACAUUCAAGAUCCAGAACGAUUGGCACAAGCGGGAUUCUACUAUCUGGGCAGAGCAGAUGAGGUCCACUGUUUCUACUGUGACGGCGGUUUACGAUUCUGGUUAGCUGAUGAUGAUCCAUGGUUUGAGCAUGCGAGAUGUUUCCCCAAGUGUCAGUUUGUACAACUGGUUAAAGGUCAACUAUUUAUAGAGAACGUACAAAGCCAGAUUAAAAGCACAAGCUCAAACCAGCAGCAACAAAUGCAGGCUAGUGGACCUACCAUGAGCCUUGACGAGGCACUUGCUACUGAACCAGUCCAACUAGCGUUAUCUAUGGGACUGAAUGCAGGUCGUAUACGAGCUGUUACUAAACGACAGUUGGAUAGUACCGGUCACCCAUAUGCUGAUUCGCAAGCACUCAUAGAAGCAGUCCUGGAUGGUCAAAUCCAGGAUGAGGAACUUGAGCCCAGUACCUCUUCUCGCAUGGAUCGUCGUAUAGAAAGUGAAGUGUCACGUCUACUAUGGACGGCCAUUUCUUCCACAGCAGGGCCUAACUUGUCAUCAUUUAGCUCCACUUUUUCCACACCCUCUCCCUCCUUCGAUUCUGCCCCAACAUCUGAUGUAGAUGUAAUCGUUAGCUCUGAUCCAUUAUCGUCGCCGUCUACCUCUAGCAUUGCCAACAAUGCCUCCACAUCUUCAGCUGUAAAAUGCAAUAAUGUACCUGAAUCUCUGGCCCAGAUGGCUGCUGCGGCACGUCCCACAGAAACUGCAGAAGUUGACAAGACUUUACGUUUAGAAGAGGAGAACAAACGACUGAAAGAUGCUCGUGAAUGCAAAAUAUGUAUGGCAGAUGAAGUCGGAGUGGUGUUCUGUCCCUGUGGUCAUCUGGUAUCCUGCGUACAGUGUGCACCAGCCGUUACGAAUUGUCCGGUAUGCCGUGCUGUGAUCAAAGGACGAGUUCGCACGUUCUUGUCGUAAAUUUAAAUCUUGUUUGCACCGUAGAUUAUCAUCUUACUUAUGGUAUAAGCAUUUACAAUCGUCACUUGUAUUUGAGAUCGACAAUGGAAGAUUCUACAUACUUGGUCCUUCUGGAUACAUUGAUAAAGCGUAGACAUUUAAGACGAUUCUCUACAUGAAUGAGGUAGACAUAAGUACUACUGCGCUUGGUUAUAGAGUGGAACAUCAGUUUUCUGUCUAAAUUAUGCGCCUAGUAUUGAUGU